AUGAAUUUGAUUACAUUGAAAUUUAAAGAUUAAAUCCUUGAAAAAUAAUAUUAGGAACUCAAAACAAAAUCCAUUCGUAAACCAAUUUACUUUGGGAUCUACUCGUUUUGUUUUUGUCUCAAUGCUUUUAAAAUUACAAGGGAUUUAAUCUUGCAAGAGUCAUAGCAACUACUAUACAUAAAUUACGUAUUUUUGGCAUUUAUGGUGCUGUCGAUAAUCUUGAUAGUCCAAAAUUAGAACUUCGUAAAAUAGGCUCUAGUGAUAUCGAAUCUAGUAUCUGGACUGCUUCAAAUGAACUUUAAUGAAUAGUAAACCCAGAAACAAGAAUACUACUCUUUCGGAAGUAGUUUUGCAUAAUUGCAGGCAGCGUCGUAUUUCGUAUCAGAUUUUUUGGAUGGAAUACUUUAAGUUGGGGGUCAUUUGAUUAUGAAAGUCACGAUUACAUCAAUGUCAACUCAUAAAAUUGAUGCACUAUGCUCUAGCUUUGCUAUAACAGGUUCUGUAUUUAUUCUCGUUACAAUUUACAUUUGUGAUUGCAGUUCAAGAAAGUAAUUUCUCUCAACAGUGUGCGAAGACAUAUGGGAUCAAUAAUUGCCGCAUCUUAUAUAAAAACCAUUCAUUAAGCUCAGCUACUCGAAUACCAUAAUAAACAUUUUGCAAAGUAGUCUCAUUGAGGCAUUCCCCAGUUUCACAAACGAAUUAUGCAAUGGAUGUAAUGGAAGAUAAUUUUUAAGAGAUUGUUAGAUUGACAAAAUUGCAUUGUCACAACGCAUUCUUAAACCAAGUGAUAUUCUAAAUAAGACCGUCCAGGCAAAUUACAAAUGUCACAGGUUCAAUUUGAGAGUGUGUAAGUAUGGUGUGGAGAACAUGAAUUUAUUAGUAAUUUUGGAGAAAAUUAUUACAACCACUCAAACCAAAGUGUUCCCAACUGAAAUCAGAAAGGAUCUCAGUAGGCAGAUAAGAAUCAACCAUCAAGACUGCUUGCGUUUCUUUAAUUGGGGCUUGUUUUCCCUUGUCCUUCUUAACAAUCACGAAAUAAAGCAAAUUAAAUUGUUCCUUAUGAUUAAAAGACUCAAUAAGUGUUAUCGCAAUUAUUUGCUACCAAUUUAACUUUUUACAAAAUAGAAUGAACUUCAACUUAAUACGUAUGCCAACCUAUUGCGGAUAUAUCUUAUUCAAUUAUACCACAUUUUGAUUGAACUCUAUUCCAAGUCCUAUCGAACCAGAAUUUAAGUUAGAGAAUGCGAUGAAUAUAUUGAAAUGCAUAUUUUGAUAAAUUCAAGUAUGUUUCAUACUCUCUAUGAAAACAAUGUGUUUAUUUAAAAUAUAGAGAGAGUAAUCCUUUAUGAACCCAUAUCAAAUGAUUUAAGAAUACGAUUAAGUAAGCAGUUAUCUUUUAAAUGA